AUGCCUUCUGAGAAUCAUCAAAACUUUUCGUUUCCCAGCGAAUCGCCUCUUGUUCGAGCCUAUCUAGAUGUUGUCCGUGAUACUGUCUGUGGCUUAACACUUCGCAGUCAAGAACGUGCAGUUGAUGGUGAUCGUAAUCAUAUACGUCCAUUGAAUAUUGAUCAACGAAUAAAAGGUUUAGAUUGGCCUUUAAUUGGUAUUACUAUGGUUGGACAAAAACGAUUGAUAAAUAUAGAAUGGUCAUUAAGAUUGGUUAUUGCAAAUGAAAUUCCAGGUGAUUUCAUUGAAUGUGGUGUUUGGAGAGGUGGAAGUUCAAUAUUUGCUCGUGCUGUAUUUAAAGCAUUGAAUAUUAAUGAUAGACAUGUUUGGUUAGCUGAUUCAUUUCAAGGUUUACCAAAAGCAAGAACAACGAAUGAUAAUGAUCAUUGGUCAAAACAAGAAUAUUUGAAAGUUUCACUUGAAGAAGUUCAAAUAAAUUUUCAUUCAUUUAAUUUACUUGAUAAUCAAGUGCAUUUUUGUAAAGGAUAUUUUGUUGAUUCUCUUCCUCGGUGUAAUGUCUCUCGUAUAGCUGUUCUUCGAAUGGAUGGUGAUAUGUAUGAAUCAACUAUGGAUCAAUUAUUCAAUUUAUAUUCAAAGGUACAAGUUGGUGGUGUUAUCAUUGUUGAUGAUUAUAUAAUUCCAGAAUGUAAUAGGGCUGUACAUGAUUUUCGUCGUUGGCAUCAGAUAACAGAGGAGAUUCGAUCUAUAUCUGGUGAUCAACCAGGUCAUUAUUGGAUAAAGAAAAAAUCUAUUGAAGUACAAAUGGAUCGAUACCAACCAUUACUGAUCUCCGCGACUAAAGAUACUCAGUCAUAA